AUGUCGGAAGAGUGGAGCAUGAUUGGAAUAGAAGAAAGGAGGAUUGGUGGAUUGGAAGAGCAGAGAAGUGGUAUGAUGCAACAACAUGAUCGGAUGGCAUCACAUGAGGGGUGGGAUAGUGGAGAUAAGGAAAAGACACAUUGGCAAGGGAGAAAACGUCAAGUGACCAGAGGGAACCAUGAACCCUGGCUGAAUAAGUCUAACUCCUAUUCUGAUCCUGAUCAGAGCACUAGUUCUUCAUCAUGCAAGGACAGGCUGAGGAACAUAAAGUUCACAGAGGAGGAGAAUGAUAUACUAGUCACAAAGGUUUUGGAGAAUUACCCAAAGUUAUAUGGGGAUGAUGCAUCAAGAACAUCAAGCUUUGAAAAAAAAAGAAUCUGGCGUGGCAUUCUUGAGUCAAUAAAUCGUUUGGGUGUGAGUGUACGAAAUGUGGAUACUUGCAAGAAAAGAUUUGCGGACUGCAAACGAUUUGUCAGGUCAAAAAUGAGCAAGAAUUGGCGUCAUCCUGGAAAACGCCAGUCUGUGAGCGUUUAUUACGCAGAGUGGGAAGAGAAAAUCAAAGCAAUAAUAUGUCCACUGGUCGAGGGUAUUCCAGGACUGAUUGAUUCUGCAGAUCCUUGCACCUAUGAAUGUCCAGGUAACUGUAACUAUGAAUUUGCCACGUGGGGGUUGUUCAUUUAAUAGAUGUGUACAAUGUUUGUGAUGUUUAUACAGCAGAGCAGCAUGUUAAAAUAAUGUAGAGGUCCAGUUAUUUGGGAAUGGGGUAUUCUGCUUAACUUGAAACUACUCAACAAGUAAGCAAAUGUAAUAAAUGGAAACUUUCCAGUUUUACUCUAAAUUGUAUUACUGAAUAAAACAAUAAAAUCAACCUAUGAUUUGUGUUAAUCUGCUUUUCACAUAUAGCCAUGAUUAGAUACAUUAUUUUGAAAUAAUAAUAAUGCUAUCCACAUUCUUAUCACUUCAAAAUAAUAUGACUGGAACUAUAAACCUUCUUAUACAAUCUUUUCACACUUGUGACACUUCUCAAACAUUUUUGUCAUGAUUAUAGCAAUUUGUCUGUGUUUGCCACUGGUUGUACAGCUUCCAGAAGCUGACUGCCAAACCAUAAAUCCUGGCUGUACGUGAUGAUGUUUUUUGCCUUCAUUUAAUAAUGUGUUACUUAAUGGUAUAUGUAGGUAACUGAACCAAAAUCCAUGAUGAUGCCUAAAAGGGGUUAUUUUAAUCCUGAAUUGGGCAAUGUGAUAAAAAAAAUCAGAUUUUAUAAAUGCAGAUAAUGAAAAUGAGGGAUGUGAACAGAAUUUUGUCUGAUUUGCAUGCCAUUUUAUUAUGCAACAUCGUAUGUGAAAGUACAUUUUAAUAUUUAGUUUUGUAAAAACUAUAAUUUAAUAUAUAUAUAUAUAUUUUUUUUAAACAGAAAUUAAAAAAAAAAUGCACAUAUGAAUUAAUUCAUAUCCUGCCCAUUAUUUUAGGUCAUUGGUCUCCUCCUGAGAAUGCUUCUCCUGAAGCUACACUGUCUCCAAUAGAAAAUGAAACACCAGAAGUUCCAUUUUACCCUGAUACACAGGUUCCCACCAAUUCGAAACCACAGACAACAAACGAAGAUUGGCCGGCUUUCAGAGAUCCGACUGCAGUCAAUGUAAAGGAGGAAGGUGGUAUCAAUGCAUUAGAGAUGCCUUCUGCUCAAGAUGGGCAAGAUCAUCAAGAACAUUUUUCAUCUAUACCACAAUGGGGGCAAAGACAACCUGAGGUACGUGCCCUUCCUGAAAUGGACCAGCUUGUCUAUCAAAGCCAAGAGGCAUUUCGAAGAACUCUAAGACGACAGUUACAUGCUGUACGCCAAGAAAUAAGAGAAUUUAGACGUGACCAUACUGAAAGGAUGGAUCUAUUACUUACUCUGCAUCGUGAGCACAUAUUAGUGGAGGAACAGAGAAAUGAGAUCCUAUCUAAGCUGGUUAGUACCGUUAAUAAUUUAGCAACUAAACUAAGUAGUAGAGAUGCAUGCAAUGAAAGGCAAUGUUUGCAGCCCCCAUUAGAUGAAGACUCUACAAGUAAAGGAGAAAACUCUCCCACCAAGCCAGGUACUUCUGCUCAGACCUCACCACGUUAUCCGUCCCGUCAAUCCCCAGAAGACCUAAGGAAUACCAAUGUAAACCAUAGACGAAAGAUUCUUAAUCACGGACAGUUUUCGAGUAAAAGAAAAAAAUAA